GCUGUUUGAAAAAGGUGUAGCCACGGCCACCAAGGAAAUAGUGAACCUUGCACUUUAUAACAAAUCAAUCUGGCGUAGACGAGAAACAGUGGUUAUCGCCGUGAACAGGAAACAUUACUGCAUGGACGCUCAAGUCCCAACAUGCCCAAGUGCAGCAGGCAGCAGGUGUCCCUUGAAGAUUGGCCCGUCUAAUAAAUGAGAAAAAAGAAAUGUGUUUGGAUUUCAAUUGAACACCUCCACAAAAACAAGGUCCUCCGAGAGAAGAGGUGUGAGAUGGAGAGAGAGAAGAAGAAGAAGAGGGAAUGGAGGAGAGGAAAAGGACAAGAGAAAGCGGAGGGUGAGAAUCGAGCCGGUGGUGGAACCAUGGAGACGGGACAUGAUCCUCUUGAUCAGAUGAGGAAUAAGACUGUCAACUUUCCCAUAGAUAAGAUGACCCACCAUCUUGGAGAGGAACUGUCACGUAGCGAAGGACAGACAGAGGGAGAAACUGACAGUGUGUCUCAAGUUAGAAACAAAGAAGAAAUGGGAAUCCAAACGGGGACGGAGAAGAUGGACGAAAUGAAUAAAGGACUGAUAACAGUUACAGACCGAGAUAAAGAUGACGACCCUGUCUCCAUCCCUCCUGCUCCCUCCAUCCCUCCUGCUCCCUCCAUCUCUCCUCCCUCCAUCUCUCCUCCUCUCUCCAUCUAUCCUCCUCUCUCCAUCUCCACCUUCUCAUCCCCCUCUCCCUCCUUCCUGCCUCCUCUCUCCUCCUCGUUCUCUCCCGUCCCGUCCCUCACCCCUCCCCUUCCCCCGUCAGUAGAGCUGUGUGCGGUGCUCACCGACACUAGACUGACUCUGGAUGUAUACCAGGGCGGGACUGCUGUGCUCCAGGUACUGUGGGUGUCUGUCCCUGGGCAGCUGAGGGGCCUGCAGUACCUCCGACUGGGCUCGGAGGACAAGGGGGCGCUAGAGGGAGCCCUGGAGGUCCUACCGCACCUCACACAGCUACGCUCACUGGCUAUUAGAGGGCACUGUUUCCAUGACGCCCAUGGUGACCCCCUCCCCGGCCUCCUCACCUCUCUUCCUCCCUCUCUCUCAUCCCUUUCUCUCCUCGUCCACCUGGACCUCUCCUUCAACCUCCUCUCCUCCUUCCCUCCCUGCCUCCUCACCCUCCCCCUCCUCUCCACCCUCUUCCUGGGUCACAACCACCUCACGGUUCUCCCUCCUUUCGGUCCUCUCCCUGCCCUCCGCUACCUCUCUCUCCUGGGGAACUGUCUGGCCUCUCUCCCCCCCAGCCUGGGCCAGCUGAAGAGCCUCCGCACCCUGGAUGUCUCCAAUAACCUCCUGGAGACAUUACCUGAGGAGAUCGGUGCGCUGGAGGAGCUGGUUAAACUGGAGCUGUCACACAACAGGCUAAAGAGGCUGCCUGAGACCAUGGGCUGUCUCCUGUCUCUCAGGGACCUGGUGAUCCACAGUAAUGACCUGCGUUUUCUCCCCGUCUGUCUCUGUCUGGACAAACUGGAUAAGUUAAAGGUAGAUGUAAGGAACAACCCCCUGGGAAGACCCCCAACCCCUCCACCACUACCACCCACACCUGACCAGGUGGAAACCGGCAUCCCAGAGCUACACCUUGGACCGAAUCGACACAGGUUCUGUGUGUCGUCUGCUGGUUGUCAUGUGUUCCUCCCAGGGGGAGCGGAGCUACUGUUUCCCGCGGGUUGCCUAGCGACGACCACCACGCUGCAGUGGGCGGAGCGUAUGCCAGACAGGAAAUGGGUGUGGCUAGAGGAGCAUGACUUCCUGCUGAGUCGAUCACUGGAACUCCUCCCACACAGGAUCUCCUUCUUAAAGCCAGUGGAGGUGUGUGUACCGUACCACCGGUCCAGGAGAGGGGAGGUGGUAGUGAGGAGGUUUGAUGGACAUCAGUGGAGUACACUAUCCACUGAGACCAGAAGGGGCAGUAUAGGACACAGCAGCCACCCCGGAGGACGACCUGCCAGGCUGGCCUGCGUCUCAGUGAGACAAUUCUCCUGGUUUGUGGCAGUGGGUCGUCCAGUCAGGGACAGUUGCUCUGUGACACCAGAGGGGGCGCUGUUGGUGUCACGUACAGACGCAGGCAUCAAACUGACAUUCCCCCCGGACUGCACUGUUCAGACACGCACCAUCACUCUACAGGUGUUACAGGUGUCUGUCACUGAGGUCCAGACGUUGUGUGGAGACCCUCAGGCCAAAGUCAGUCCCCUCCUCUGUCUCUCUCAAGACCCCAGCAUCCAAUUCCUCCAGCCAAUCAAGGUGCAGGUCCCUCUGCCGACUGGACUCACUGGUCAUACAGUAGACCUGUCCUGUCUCCACCUGCUUCAUGGAGACCCCAGCGCCCACACCUGGACAGACAUAACCUCACAGGUGUCCCUCUACGUCACACAGCUCUACGCUAUCUUCUACAUCACCCACUUCUCCUGGUACUGGCUGUGGUACACUACCCAGCGCUGUGUUAGCGGUGUGGUCCGUAGGGUCUAUCAGAGACUGAAGCAGUUUCAGGUCCAGUUCCUGGUGCUACAGAGGAGAACAGACCCCAAACAGGUUCUGCUACAGUGCCUGCCUGCUGACAAGGUGGACAACAGAGUACAGUCUCUGUCAGAGCAGUACGAUGGCCCACAACCCUCAGACCUCUGUGACCUGUUGGAGGGAGAGCAGUUCUUCGCUGGCUUCGAGAGGGGCCUAGACGUCAGCGCAGACAGACCAGACUGUGCGGAAGGGAGACUGUCGUUUGUCUUCUACUCUCGGUUGAAGAAUCUCAAAGAGGUGUACGUCUGUCCUACACAGAAGCAGGAGGGGUCAAUCAGGGGCCAGGUGUCUUUCUAUCGAGGGGAGGUUCCCAGUGACAUACCACAGGAAGUGGCCAGGAAAAGGAAAGGACACGACAGCCAAUGGCUGGCCACCUUACCACUCAGACUUCCUGGCCUGAACUCAGAGGGUGGUAGUAAUGGUAUGGACUGGGAGCAGCCUCAGUACCCUCCGCUGAACCUGGGAGACCCAGAGAGCGGGUAUCUGACUGAGGCUAACCUGCUGGCCAUCUCCCUGCAGAUCGGACAGGACUGGAGGUCCAUCGGUAUCAACCUGGGAAUCAGCUACCAGGAGCUGGACCGCAUACAGUACAAAUACAGAGACAACCUAGGGGCCCUGGUGUUGGAGAUGCUGUUCCACUGGGCCCGGGGUCAGCAGCAGGAGGGUGUUGGGUCACGUCCCGCUGGAGGUCCAGGCCAGCAGGGUAUUGGUGCAGUGCCCAGGUUGGUAGAUGCCAUGGUGGAGAGCGACAGGAGGGACCUGGCUGAGGAGAUUAAAGACAUAGUGAGGCUUGGAACCCGGAAGUAUAAUGAGUCACUGAGGAGGGUGGGCCUAGAAGAGGAAGAGAAGAGGCCUUCAACAGACACAGAUCCCUCACCGUCACACUGAACCAACUGACAGAGGAAGUAUAAUGAGUCACUGAGGAGAGUGAGGUUACAGGAAGAGACCAGCUCAUCUUCACACUGAGGAAGAGUGGGGUUACAGGAAGAGGAGAUGACUGAAGUCAGUAAAACACUGGGGUUUAAAGUAACUGUUUCUAUGAAAUGUGACCUAUAAUUAAUUACGAUAUGAGUGAAAUAGUCUUCCUUCUAAAUAGUUUUAUUUAAAUAUGUUAAAAAGCAACUUUUCUGUGUUGUAAUGGUGUGGGCGAAUAUGGUCAUUGAAAAUAUUCACGUAAGUAGAACGCUGAUUGGAUAUAGCAAGCAUUUUUUAAACUUUCUGUUUUUAGAUACAAGUUUAAGGUGGUUUUUUAAAGUGUUUUGUCUCCAAUUUAUGCUCUGGCCACAAAUACGAGUAUUGAAUAAGUCAACAACAUUAUUUGGGUAUGAGUUAACAGAAUAUGAACUUUUAAAUGUGAGAUUUUCACUGGACAGUUACUUGAAUCCCAUGGAAAGCCUCAGGCCGGACCAACCGGUACUGCAGUGGAAAGCCUCAGGCCGGACCAACCGGUUCUGCAGUGGAAAGCCUCAGGCCGGACCAACCGGUACUGCAGUGGAAAGCCUCAGGCCGGACCAACCGGUACUGCAGUGGAAAGCCUCAGGCCGGACCGACCGGUACUGCAGUGGAAAGCUUUAGGCCGGACCGACCGGUACUGCAGUGGAAAGCCUCAGGCCGGACCGGCCGGACCAACCGGUACUGCAGUGGAAAGCCUCAGGCCGGACCAACCGGUUCUGCAGUGGAAAGCCUCAGGCCGGACCGACCGGUACUGCAUUAGAGACAUGGACAAACUGAGCUGAGAACAUCAGCUGUAGAGAGACAUGGACUAUUUCAGUUGUGUGUUCCAGCCCUGCUCAGCUGCAGAGAUGGUGGCUCCACACUAGGUACAGAUGGCCGUCUUACACUUGACUAACUUGAACACCCGCCAUGUGUGGUAUGGUCUGGAUAGUGUGUACCAUCACCCAGCCGCCAGCCAUUCAGCUGCUCUAAUGGAGGCUGUUAGAACUGUAGCACAGAGGGGAAGGAAAACAACACAUGCUGCUGACAGGGAUGGGGUCAAUGUCAAUUCCAGUUCAUUCAGGAAGCACACUGAAAUUAUAAUUCUCUUUUUAAGUUUUCAAUUAGCAAAAUGUGGAAUUUGAAUUUUUGUUUACUUUCUGAAUUGACUAGAAUUGAAAUUAAAUUGACCCCAACCCUAUUUGUUGGACUGGUGUUUUAUUCAAAUCCUGGCACCUCUAUUGAACAAUGUGUUCUUGACUUGCUGAUAAACAGACAGAUGAAGGAAUGGACUCAUCA